GAGAUCUUUAUGUCUCUGAUUGGAAGAAGAAUGAAGUGAGACGAUGGAAACAAGGAGAGAGAAAAGGAAUAACAGUAGCAGGUGGAAAUGGAGAAGGAAACCAUCUCAAUCAAUUCGAUUGGCUUACUUAUAUCUUUGUUGAUGAAGACCGUUCAGUUUAUGUAUCGGAUUAUCAUAAUCCUCGUGUGAUGAAAUGGAUGGAUGGUGCAAAAGAAGGUAUUGUUGUUGCUGGUGGAAAUGGUUUUGGGAAUAGUUUAACACAAUUGUCUCGUCCUUAUGGAGUGCUUGUCGAUCAUUUGGGUAAUGUUUAUGUGGCUGACUCCUCCAAUCAUCGAAUAAUGCGUUGGUGUGAAGGAUCUUGCGAAGGUAGUGUUGUUGUUGGUGGAAAUGGAAAAGGAGAACAAUCAAAUCAGCUCAAUUAUCCCACAGGUUUAUCAUUCGAUGCUCAAGGCAACCUCUAUGUUGUCGAUUGUUUAAAUGAUCGAAUACAAAAAUUUGAUAUUGAUUUAAACUAA